AUGAUCCAAUAAUAAUCAUAAAUCGAGUAAAAUAACUAAUAAAAGCACUUCAAUUAUUAGAUUCUACUUUCACUAUAGCAAUAAUAUCCAAUACAUACUUUUACAUAAGCUAUAAAUAAUAAUAAUACUCUAUUAGUUAUAGGAUCUAAUCUUGUUUGCAAGGUAAUAUAUUUAAAAAAGGAAUUAAAAUAUUUGCAACAAAAUAAAAAGCAUAGCAAUUCAAUUUCUACUCUCAAUUUCUUUAAGCGCAAAUCAUAAUUCAUUUCUGGUUCAUAUGAUUCAUCAAUUAUUAUUUAAUCCUCAAAUCUUUUAUAAAAUCUCAAAUACUUAACAAAACUAAAAGGACAUAUGCGUGGUAUUUUAUGUUUAGUUGUAGAUCCUAAUUCAGAAAACUUAAUUAUUAGCGGAGCUACUGAUAAUUCUAUUAAAUUUUGGUCUUAUUCAUAAUACUCAACUUGGUCUUGCUCAUAAACUAUUCGAGAACAUACUAGUUUUGUAUUUGGGUUAUCUAUAAACCAAGAUGGUACAAAAUUAGUUUCUUGUGGUAGAGAUAAACAAAUUUUGUUAAUGGAAAGAUUUAAUGGAUAAUUAUGGUAUGUUAAACAAAAGAUUUCUGAGCUUAGUUCUCGUAUAUCAUUUAUUACAAAAGAUAUCUUUGUAUUUCAACCAUCCAAUGGAACACAUUUAUAAUUCUACACAAUCGAGCAAUCGACUGGAUUAUAUACAAAAACAAAGGAACUAAAAGUUUAAGGAACUGCAUAAGGCUGUUACUAUUAUUUUCCCUAAAUUUAUAUACCUUCUAGAUAAUUACUUAUUUCUAAAAAUGGAUAUUUUAUAAAUUUAAUAUAGUUUAACUUUGAUUCUGAAAAUUGGAAUUGUAAAUAUGUGGAAGGAAUAGAAUUUGAUUAAUGUGAAAAUUUUGGAAACAUUUUUGGGACUAUGAGUGAUAAUGGAGAAUAUUUGAUAAUUUUGGAUUGCAAGUCUGGAAAUAUAGAAAUAAGAUAGUAUACAUAUUAAAAAUGA